CCUGGAUUCCACAGUUAUCUCCUCCAAACCAAUCUCAGCAGGAAGAUGGGGCAUGCCCCAGAGCCCCGCAGCACCUCGGCCCCAACUGAUGCCACAGCUGAGUCCAGUCUCAUCCCAGACCUCAUUACCAGGAUCCCCUGGCCCCGCUGGGCACUCUUUAUUGUCAUUCUUGCUGCUGGAGUCCUCCUGGUCUCCUGUCUGAUCUGUGUCGUCUGCUGCUAUUGCCGCCGCCACCGCCAUCGCCACAGGAAGCAACCCAAAGACAAAGAAGUUGUGGGUCUGGGCAGUGCUCAAAGCAACAUCACUACUCACAUGGUUCAACCAGAUGUGGACUGCCUAGAGCUCUGCUCUGGGGGGACCCAACAGUGGGGGAGACUGCUGCUUUCACUGGAGUAUGACUUUGGAAGCCAAGAGAUUAGGGUGGGCCUGAGGCAGGCUGAAAACCUGAAGACUGAGGGCACGGCAGACCCCUAUGCCUGCAUCAGUAUUUCCACCCAGACUGGGAGAAGACAUGAGACAAAGGUGCACCGUGGGACGCUCUGUCCCAUAUUUGAAGAGACAUGCUGUUUCCUGCUCCCACUCGCAGAGCUGCCCAGGACCACUCUGAAGGUACAGCUGUUGGACUUCAAGCGGUUCUCAGAACAUGAGCCACUGGGGGAGCUCCAACUACCACUGGACACUGUGGACCCUCAGCAUGUCCUGGAGAGCUGGUACCAGCUGGGCCCUCCGGGUACCACUGAGCCUGAGCAGAUGGGGGAGCUGUGCUUCUCACUGCGCUACGUGCCCAGCUCAGGCCGCCUGACUGUGGUUGUGCUGGAGGCUCGGGGCCUGAGCCCAGGGAUUGGAGAGCCCUACGUGAAGGUCCAACUCAUGUUAAACCAGAGGAAGUGGAAAAAAAGGAAAACAUCCUCCAAGAAGGGUACAACUACCCCCUACUUCAACGAGGCUUUCAUCUUCCAGGUUCCCUUUAGCCAGCUCCAGAGUGUGGACCUGGUGCUGGCUGUCUGGGCCCGUGGCCUACAGCUCCGGACUGAGCCUGUGGGCAAGGUAUUGCUGGGUCCCCGGGCUUCAGGCCAACCCCUACAGCACUGGGCAGACAUGUUGGCCCAUGCCCGGCGGCCCAUCGCCCAGUGGCACCACCUGCAAUCCCCCAGGGAAGUGGACCGUGCUCUGUCUCUACAGUCUCGCCUUCCUCUGCCUACGCCUCGCUCCUGAAAGAACCCCAGUCUCAGUUUUCCCAGAUGGAACUGUGGGCAGGCUCUUCAGGUCUCUGUAAUAAAUGCCUUCUCU